UGUUUUUUCAGCCUGUUCUUCACUCACACUCUCGCUCAGCAGAGAUUCAGAAGGUAGAGAGCAGAGAUUCUCACUAGAGAAAGGUGGAAGAGGGAAUUGCUUCCUCUUGCACCAAGAAAGAGACACAAAUAAGCCAAAAAAACCAAAAAAACGAACAAAACAUAAGAUGGAGAGGAUGCAGGGAGAGGGAGAGGUGGACCACCUGGAGCGACCGAGCCCACUGACUGACAAGGAGAGGGUGAUGAUCCAGGACUCGUGGGCUAAAGUCUACCAGAACUGUGACGAUGCCGGGGUGGCCAUACUAGUCAGGCUGUUUGUGAACUUCCCGUCAUCCAAGCAGUACUUCAGCCAGUUCAAACACACUGAGGACCCGGAGGAGCUGGAGAAGAGCUCCCAGCUGAGGAAACACGCUCACAGAGUCAUGAAUGCCAUCAAUACGCUGGUGGAGAGCCUCGACAACUCAGAGAAGGUGGCCUCAGUGCUGAAGCUGGUGGGGAAGGCCCAUGCACUCCGUCACAAGGUGGAGCCUGUGUACUUCAAGAUUCUGAGUGGCGUGAUUCUGGAGGUCUUGGGGGAAGAGUUUCCAGAGGUUGUCACUCCAGAGGUGGCUGCAGCGUGGACCAAACUCCUGGCUACAGUCUACUGUGGCAUCACUGCCGUCUAUGAGGAAGUGGGCUGGACAAAGCUUUCGGCCUCGACUGGCUGAAGCUUGUAAACUUGGACACAUGACAAUCCUUUCAGUUUUUGGGGCUGCAGCCUCAGAUAGGAAUCAACUGACUGUAACUGGACUGUAUCUGGGAAUACAGUUUGAUGUAAUCUAAGAUAAUCAUGGGCUGUGGAACAUACACUUUAAUGUAAACAACAGUAAGAACAAAUACUCUGCCCUUGUCAUGGCUAGCCGAGUGUGUGUGUGUGUGUGUGUGUGUGUGUGUGUGUGUGUGUGUGUGUGUGUGUGUGUGUGUGUGUGUGUGUGUGUGUGUGAGAGAGAGCGAGAGAGAGAGAGAGAGAGAGAGAGUCUAAACUGUAAAGCUCCCGUCCUUCCGUUUCUUCUUGCGUAAAAGGCUGGAAGCAGAGAGCAAAGAGGAAGAAAAUACAAACUGUAGAUCCAACAGUGGACAAGAGGGGUCACAUUUGACUUGGAUGUGCCUUCUGCUGAAUGUGUAUAUCUGGAAAAUAAAAUGUAAACGGCAUUCUUUCGUAACAUUAGGAUGUUUUUCAGAUGUUUCCUCUUAUCGGUCUGUAUCCACUUGUGUCCGUUUUAUUAGAUAUUAUGAAGACAUUUUUACAUUUCUAACAGUUAAUUGUGACGAUUGUACAUUUUUUUCAUUAUGACUCACAUUUGUAUCUGUAAUGGAGUAAAUUUUGAAGUAAAAAAUACAAAGAAUAUCCCCUUA